UUAUCUACACAUCCAUAAUAUUAUCUAAAUCGUGCUAAGGUCCUUAUCAUUUUUAGUAUUUACUAUUUUUCGGACAUCUACCGUCUGGCGACUGCCCAUGGUUAAGAUGUAUUUAUUUAUGUUUGCUGCUCUCUACGACAAAAACUGAAGGACUGUUAAUCAGUGCCCCGUGGAUACUGGAAGUCUGGAUAGAACAGUCUGUUAUUACUUAUUUGUACAUUAUUAUGAUUAUUUACGUCCGUGGUCCACGAUUAAUGAUAUUAUAAUAUCUUUAAUCGUGCCGUGGUCUUACAUAAUUGAAUUCAUUUGAUUUUUGAGUGUUUAGAAAAGAGUUAAUUUAUCUAAGUAUCUAGAUCUUCUUUUAUUUGUAUAAUUGUAAUCUAAGUUCUUUCAAAAUGUAUACAAAUCAGUACACUCCUCAGUAUUCUCAAUAUAAUCAACAAUAUCAACAAUAUCCAGCUAAUUACUAUCAAAUGUACAAUUAUAACCAGCAACCUGCUUAUAAUGUUCCACCACCGACACAAACAGCUACAACGUUUAGUCCAAAUGUACCGGUCCAACAGCCACAAGUUUCAACUCCCGGACAAAAUGUUACAAGUUUGUGGAUGGGUAGUGUAUGUGAAACCAUAUUUUAUAAUUUGUUGUUAUUCGGUGCAUUUCAAAAGAUGGGAGAAUAUCCAAAAAAUGUUAAGUUGAUGCGUAAUAAAAAUACGGGUGAAACUGCUGGUUAUGCAUUUGUUGACUUCUAUGAUCCAGUAUCUGUUAUGCAUAAACUCAAUGGAAAAUAUAUACCUGGUACUAAUCCACCUGUAAGAUUUAAACUCAAUCAUGCUGGAAAUCCUGGAAAAAAUACUACUAGUGACAAAGAUUUUUCUGUGUGGUUGGGUGAACUUAGCUCAGAUGUAGAUGACUAUCAGUUAUAUAAAACAUUUGCUUGUCGCUAUCAAUCUAUACGCACAGCCAAAGUGGUCUUGGACAGUGCUGGUUACAGUAAAGGAUAUGGAUUCAUUCGUUUUGGCAGUGAAGAAGAACAAAAACAUUGUCUUAAUAAUAUGAAUGGUUUUCCUGGUCUUGGUUCCAAACUCAUAAAAGUUAGCAGUGUCAUACCAAAAUCAGAACGCCAUAUUGUUGUUGCUUCAAAUGACUCUCAAGGGUAUAAAGCUAGUCAAGAUUAUGGACAAUAUUUUGAAACUAACUAUUGGCAUCGAUACUCAAUAUGGAACCAACCUGAAAGUCAGAAUUAUAUGCUUAAGCCAGAACCAGCUACUGAAAUUACUGUUAUUAAAACAAAUAGCAGUUUAAAUCUAGUUGAUUACAAAGUGUCAAUUGACAUAGAUGCAUUAAACAAAGACCUCGUCACACAAGAUUACAAUUUAUGGGAUGCACUUGAAAGUUCUAAAUGGCUACCACUCGACACUAUAGAAGCUAUUUAAAUAAUAAAAUAUGAAAUAUUUAAGAACAUUUAACUAAGUUUUUUUUAAAUCUCUUAUUUCUCGUAUGUACUUUUAUAACAUGUAAUGAUAUUUUUAUAUUUGUAGAAAUACUUGAACUUUAGAUAACAGAAAAUGCUGUUCGAUAAAUAUAACUAUUAUUCAAAUCAUUAUAACGUAAGAUUGAUAAGCAACAAAUCGUAUUUAUUUGAGUACCAAAUUAUUUUUUUAUGUAUGCAUGUUAGCCUAAUAAGGAAUUAUUAGUAUUUUACUGUUUCGUUUUUUUUCAUGUCACUUUUUCCUUGGAUUUGUAGUAAACCUACUUAACAGAUUUAAUAAAUCUAUAAUCUCUUAUGUUGUAGCCAACAAUUAUUUUCUAAAAAUAGUUUCUUAUUAUUUCCAUAUUUGUUUGAUACUUAAAUGAUUAAAGGUGAUUUUAAUUAUCAUUUAUCAGUUGUGUUAUUAUGUAAUUAUGUUUUGAUACAUAGGUGUCCUGUUAGGAUAUACCCAUUAGCCAUAGAGGGGGACCGCCGCUUGGACAAAAACUGGUUUUUGCCGUUUUACCUAUAAACUAAAAUAAUUUUUAUAAAUCAUGAAGAGUAUAGACAUUGCAAUGGGUAAAUCCACCCGGGACACCCUGUAUCUAGGUUAAAAUAUUGAACAAUAAUGUAACAUGUCCUGUAUUAUUUAAAUUUGUAUUCUAACACUAAUUAAACAUGUAUUUGAAGUAUUA